AUGAGCCUGAAAUUGGAAAAUAGCGUAGCUAGCAACGCCAAGGAACAAACGCCGGCACCGACACUGCAGGCUGAAGAUAUCGCGCGCGAUGUACUGUCUCAAGUAGGGACGUUGAUCAGCGCGCGAUUCGAGGCUCUCGAGGAGCGCUUGCUUCCCGAGAAGCGCCUGAGGCCGCCUUUGGCUGCGGAUAGGUACAGCGUUGAACCUGGACCUUCAUCGGCACCUGAUCCCGCCCCUUCCUCCCUGGGAGAGACGUGGAGUACAUUGGUGCGGAGGGGAAACGGGAAGAGAAAGAAGAAUGCGCCCGCGCUUG